AUGUCUAGCCCAUUUCAAUUUGGGACGCCCUCGACAUCGGGAGCUUCUAAUACUCCAACAUUCGGUACCGCGGGCGCAUCGCCAUUCUCACAAAACGCGUCCGGCAACACUGGUGGUGUCUUCGGAAGUGUUGGAGCAACACCAGCAACGAGUAGCUCUGCCACUCCUUUGUUUGGAGGUUCAACGACCCCUGCAACAGGUCAAACCGGUUCUAUGUUUGGUGGCCAGAGCUCUAAACAUACGUUCGGCGUAAUGUCAGGUACUACCUCUAGCCCUUUCGCGAAGCCCUCGGAUCAGGGACAAACUGGUGGACAAACAUCGACGACGCCCUUAUUCGGGGCUGCAAGCCAGACUCCUAAACCAACGGAACCUGUGUCAUCGGGUCAGGCGAAAUCUGUAUUGUUUGGGGAGCUAGGAAAGAAUACACCGUCAACUGGUAGUUUAUUUGGAAACGCCACUCCAGCAGCAUCAGGUGCAACAUCAGUAUUUGGCAACAUGUCAACUACACCGGCAAAGCCCCCGCCGCAGAGUUCAACGGGAUCCAGCCUUUUCGGGAAUCAAGGGUCGACAAAGCCAGGGGAGUCUGUACCUCUGUUUGGACAGAAACCCAGUUCUAAUCCCUUUGGAGGACAAGGCGCUAUCACAGGCACUCUGUCAUCAACAAGUGCUUCUACGCCGGCAACAACGACAACGACUCUUUUCCCAAAUGCUCCUCAAUCACAAACUACAAGUUCAGGGAACUUAUUCAACGUCCCCGCUACCAAGGGCCAAAACAGCGAGACCGAGAAAUCCGAUGCGAAGCCAUCCGCUCUCAGCACAGCUGGGACGUCAACCACCCCGCAAACGUCUGGUUCACCAUUCUCUGUCCCUAGUACUUCAGGGACCCAAUCGCCACAAAAGCAAUCGAGCUUUCCUUCAUCUAAACCCACGUUUGGUACUUUGACCCCAGCCACGCCAGCAGAGACCGCGCAGAAACCCCUUUUCGGGUCCCAGGGCGGUUCCUCUGCUUCCACCUCUACCCCAUCUACUACGGCAACAACAACAACAACGGCGACACCCGCUGGAGGGUUGUUUGUCGGUAUAAGCACCCCGAAGACGAAUGCACCCAAGGAGUCGACUACCCCAGCCUCCACUCCGGGCCAAGCAGCUAGUGGAAUGUUUAACCUCAAUAAACCGAGCACAACGACAGCUCCCACAACAUCAACUCCCGCAACGACCUCCACUACCGAUGGAAAGACAACUAUCACUGCUCCUCCAACAACUGACACUACCACUGCCACGACCACUGCUUGCACCACACCCACAACUACAGCAACCGCCAGUGGCCUGGGGGCGUCGAUUGUAGGACCACCUCCCCCAGCCCAAUCCCGUCUCAAAAACAAGACCAUGGAUGAGAUUAUAACUCGUUGGGCCACUGAUUUAACGAAAUACCAAAAAGAAUUCCAAGAACAAGCGGAGCAAGUCGCCACAUGGGAUCGUAUGCUUGUGGACAAUGGAACCAAAGUACAGAAACUUUAUGGCAAUACCGUCGAUGCGGAAAGGGCGACACAGGAAGUUGAACGCCAAUUAGCAUCUGUGGAAGGGCAGCAGGAUGAAUUGAGCUCGUGGCUCGAUCGGUACGAACAGGAGGUUCAAGCUUUGUUGUCGAAACAGGUUGGGACUACAGAUUCAUUGCAAGGACCAGACCAGGAACGUGAACGAACUUACAAACUCGCCGAACGCCUAUCCGAACGCCUCAACGAAAUGGGCCAGGACCUAACAAGCAUGAUCGAAGAAGUAAACUCCGCCUCCUCAACUCUAAACAAGACAACCAAGGCCGAUGAACCCAUCUCCCAAAUCGUCCGCAUCCUCAAUUCACACCUCUCCCAGCUCCAACUCAUCGACCAAGGCACAGCAAAUCUACAUGCCAAGAUUGCCGCAGCGCAAAAGCUGGGUAGCUCGCUUAGUGUGCAUCAGCAUCAGAGCCCGUAUGGGCAGUAUAGGAAUGGAACUAGCAAUGGGCUUGGUGGGGGAGGUGCGGCGGAAGAUUUUUACAAAGCUUAUAUGGGCCGUCGAUAG